AAUCCUGGAAACCCUUACCUUUAUAUUAUACUCCUCCGUUUCUCUUUCCCUGUUUUUGUUGUUUGUAAAGAUCUGUGGCCGGCGACGCCUUCCGGCGGUUAGGGGAAACUUUUUUUCUUCAAAUCCGGCGAGCGCGUGUUAUACACGUCCUACCAAUACAUGUGUUCUAAGCCACCUGAAAACGAUCGAUUUCCCCUCCGAACCACAAGAAUUCAGCGUCCACGCUGCAAUUCAUGGCGUCUGCCGUCUUAGCUAGCCGGAAUGAAUCGAGUUGGGCCCAAUCCGGUGAUGCCGGUGGUGGAUUCAUGGGGAAAACCCCUUAUUCUCAUCCUCAUCUGAACCCUAAUCCUAACCCUAGUUCUAACCCCAAGAAAAAACAGAAACACUUCCAUCAAUCGGCCAACGGCCGACCUAGCGACGAUUCGCCCGUCGUCACGCAGACCGCCUCAGAUGAUGCGUAUUCGUUCAAUCAACGGCCUAUCGAAUCGAAUGGCUUCAAUUUCGGAGGCUAUUUGACCUACAACAUCACGUCGUACACGAAAAGCGAGCUCAACGAGCUUCGGAAACGGCUGGUAUCGGAGCUUGAACAGAUCCGUAACCUGAAAGAUCGAAUCGAGUCCGGUCACCUCAGCACCACCGUCAAUAACCCAAGAUCUCACGGGAAAUCGAAGAAAAUAUCGGCAAAUAAGCGGCCGGUGUCCUUUGGAUCCAAUAAAGAUCCGAAAAAGUUUUGUAAUGGUGUUGAUAAUGUUAGGAAUGUUGGUGUUGUUAGCGGAGGAGGGAUCAAUGGAAUCGGUCUGGAGAAUAUGAUGAAGGAUUGUAGGCAGAUUUUGUCGAAGCUGAUGAAGCAUAAAAAUGGAUGGAUUUUCAAUACGCCCGUUGAUGCGGCCUCCCUCGGUCUUCAUGAUUAUCACCAGAUUGUUAAGAGGCCCAUGGAUUUGGGCACGGUAAAAUCCAAUUGUGCCAAGAAUCUGUAUCCUACCCCAUCUGAAUUUGCUUCUGACGUGAGGCUGACUUUUAAUAAUGCCUUGUUGUAUAACCCUAAAACGGAUCAAGUUCAUGGAUGGGCUGAUCAGCUUCUGGCUAGAUUUGAAGAUUUGUUUAGGCCUAUCCAAGAAAAACUCAAUAGAAUUGAGAGCGAGCGAAGAGAUUUCUUGUCUGCUGAUGAGUUGCAGGGGAGCUCUUGGAAUCAUAUCCCAACUCCUGAGAGGCCCAAGAAGCCGAAGCCUAGUCCAAUUCCUCAAGUUUCUAAGAAACAAGAAAGGUUGCAGAAUCACUCCAGUGCUUCUACACCAUCAGCUCCGCCUCCGCCUCCCAAUCCUCCUCCACGCCAGCAAUCCCCUGUCCCUACUCCUUCUCCAAUGAGAGCGCCUCCGGUGAAGCCGCAGGUGGUGCCAGCUCGGGGGACUACUGUGAAACAACCGAAGCCUAGGGCCAAGGAUCCAAAUAAGAGAGAAAUGAGUAUCGAGGAAAAGCAUAAACUUGGAGUUGGAUUGCAAAGUUUGCCUCAAGAGAAGAUGCCCCAACUGGUGCAGAUUAUAAGGAAGAGGAACGAGCAUUUGGCACAAGAUGGUGAUGAAAUUGAGCUGGACAUUGAGGCUUUGGACACUGAGACUCUUUGGGAGCUUGAUCGCUUUGUGACCAAUUGGAAGAAGAUGGUGAGCAAAACCAAGAGACAAGCUUUAAUAAGUAAUUUAACAGCCCCAACUGCUGCUGCAGCUGCUAUGACAUCCAACGACGAGGGUGAUGGGGCUGCUCUAAGCGAGAAAAUGGAUUCCCCCAAGAAGCCUAAAAAGGGUGACGCUGGGGAUGAGGAUGUUGACAUUGAUGAUGAUAUGCCUGCUACCAGCUUUCCUCCCAUUGAAAUUGAGAAGGACGAAGGUGGUGGUCGAGAGCCUGAUAAUGGCAGUAGUAGCUCUAGCAGUUCCAGUAGUUCAAGCAGUGAUUCGUCUUCUUCGAGUGGCUCUGAUUCGGGGAGUUCUUCCGGGAGUGACUCAGAUGCGGAUGAUGCACAAUCUUGAUUCUACCAUGCCAAGUUGAAGAGGCUCGAGAAUCAUCAGCUCCAGCUGUGGCACUCACCUUUUGUGGGUCUUUGUUACCUAUGGUAUUGCUUGUAAUGAUUAACUGUUUGCACUUCUCCAUUUGCAUUUUUGGAGAUGGGAUGACCUGAAAUGCUCCUUAUUACACAAUUUCAGGUGUAGUGCCCAGCUUGUGGAGGAAAGAAGAUAGAUGCAUACUUUGUAUUGGCAUUUGAGGUUGCUUUAGUUAUGGCUCUUCUUUAAUGAUAUAGGAAUGAGAGAUGUAGAUGGUUGAGACUUCAGAUACCCUCUGUACAGUUGUAAUACAUGUUGAUCAUUGUCUUCUGCAAUUCCCAUUCUUUCAUACCUUCCUUUGUCCAGUGUUAGUCUUUGGAAUUUGUUUUAUAUGCUGGCAUCUUCACACUUGUGCUUUAGCUUAAGAUUGCCAGACGUGAUUUUGUGUAUGCUAGAUUUUAACUUAACAACUCUUUUCUCCUUCCA